AUGAGCUUGAACGGAGACUUUUGCAACGGCGACGUUGAGUCCACAAAAGGAAUUGACGAGGAGAAGUUGGCCGGUGGGGACGGUCACUCACAGGAAAGCAACAAAUCGGAAGUGGCCACCGCUGUUUCGGAAUCGCUUUCAGUGGAAAGACUCGUGAUCGACGACAAUCUUGAAGAAGAAGCGGUGGAAAGCGAUGGUGACGUAGCUCUGGACGAAUCCGAGCAGACGAACAGCAGCGCUGUGAAGAAAAUUGAUGCUUCUGGAGAAGAAGGCGAGAAAACGAGUGAAACUGAGUUGUUUGCUGACUCUGCUUCUGAGGAAAAGGAUCCACCAAAGAAUGAAGAUGUUAGGAAAUUCAAGCAGGGAUCAUCCGAAUACAAGCGUAGAGUCGAAUUUUUGAAAGGGUUGAACACAAAACAGCUCAAGCAAAUUAAGGAUAUACUUGGUCUUGAGGACUGCGGCACCGCUAAAGAUGCAUCGGUGAAGGUCAUUAUGUCAUUUAUGAUGAGACCAGUGGACUAUAGGCGUGAUACGCCUAGUGCUGAGUCCUCCCAAACAAUCAAAGAGCCAGAGCGUAAACGUGCUAAGAAGGCUACUAUGCCUGAUGAAGUGAGUUGUCAGAUUAGCUGA